AAGGUCACAGUCAGUUACUCCCGUUAGAGCAGUGUUCGCCUGAACAUCUGCAGGCACACACACACUCUCUCUCUCUCUCUCUUUACUGUCCGCCUUCUGCCUGCCACGGCCAGAGUGGGCAGUCAGUGAAUCUUCCCCAAGUCCCGCUGACAUUUAAUACCUGGUUUAGCGGCAAAGACUCAGAGGGGGGUGAAGCGGCCCCUCUGGCAUUCAGAUAAAAGAACUAUCCACAAUCAGAAAAUAUGUCACUUCAGAUGGUUACAGUCAGUAAUAACAUAGCCUUAAUUCAACCAGGCUUCUCACUAAUGAAUUUUGAUGGACAAGUUUUCUUCUUCGGCCAAAAAGGCUGGCCCAAGAGGUCCUGCCCCACUGGAGUUUUCCAUUUUGAUGUAAAACAUAACAAUCUCAAAUUGAAGCCUGCAGUUUUCUCUAAGGAUUCCUGCUACCUUCCUCCUCUUCGCUACCCAGCCACUUGCACAUUCAAAGGAGGCUUAGAGUCUGAAAGGCAACAAUACAUUAUCCACGGAGGGAAAACACCAAACAAUGAGCUUUCAGAUAAGAUGUAUGUUAUGUCUGUUGUGUGCAAGAACAACAAAAAAGUUACUUUUCGCUGCACUGAGAAAGACUUGGUAGGAGAUGUUCCUGAAGCCAGAUAUGGUCAUUCCAUUGAUGUGGUAUAUAGUCGAGGGAAGAGCAUGGGUGUUGUCUUUGGAGGGCGGUCAUACAUACCUUCUGCCCAGAGAACCACAGAAAAAUGGAAUACUGUAGCAGACUGCCUGCCCCAUGUUUUCUUGGUGGAUUUUGAAUUUGGGUGCUCUACAUCAUACAUUCUUCCAGAACUUCAGGAUGGGCUAUCUUUCCAUGUCUCCAUUGCCAGAAAUGAUACCAUUUAUAUUUUGGGAGGACAUUCACUUGCCAAUAACAUCCGCCCUGCCAACCUCUACAGAAUAAGGGUUGAUCUCCCCCUGGGGAGCCCAGCUGUGAAUUGCACAGUUUUGCCAGGAGGAAUCUCUGUCUCUAGUGCAAUCCUGACUCAGACAAACAAUGAUGAAUUUGUUAUUGUGGGUGGCUAUCAGCUUGAAAAUCAGAAAAGAAUGGUCUGCAACAUCAUCUCUUUUGAAGACAACAAGAUAGAGAUUCGAGAGAUGGAGACCCCAGAUUGGACCCCAGAUAUUAAGCACAGCAAGAUAUGGUUUGGAAGCAACAUGGGCAAUGGAACUGUUUUCCUUGGCAUACCAGGAGACAAUAAACAAGCUGUUUCAGAAACAUACUAUUUCUACAUGUUGAAAUGUGCAGAAGACGAUGUGAACGAAGAUCAGAAAACAUUCACCAAUAGUCAGACAUCAACAGAAGACCCAGGGGACUCCACGCCCUUCGAAGACUCAGAAGAAUUUUGUUUCAGUGCAGAAGCAAAUAGUUUCAAUGGUGACGAUGAAUUUGACACCUAUAAUGAAGAUGAUGAGGAAGAUGAAUCUGUAACUGGCUACUGGAUUACAUGCUGCUCUACUUGUGAUGUGGAUAUCAACACUUGGGUACCAUUUUAUUCAACUGAGCUAAACAAGCCUGCCAUGAUCUAUUGCUCUCAUGGAGAUGGGCACUGGGUCCAUGCCCAGUGCAUGGAUCUGGCGGAACGCACACUCAUCCAGCUGUCGGAAGGAAGCAACAAGUAUUACUGCAAUGAGCAUGUGAAGAUAGCAAGAGCAUUGCAAACCCCAAAACAAGCUCUCCCCUUAAAAAGGCCUCCACUGAAAUCCCUCCACAAAAAGGGUUCUGGGAAAAUUCUUACUCCUGCCAAGAAAUCCUUUCUUAGAAGGUUGUUUGAUUAGUUUCACAAAAACCUUCCAGAUUCAAGUACAUCAAGUUUUUAAACCAAUUAUAAGAAUCAUAGCAAUGAUAAAAUUAUAUUCAUCCUUUCAUUUAUUGAAAAUGUCUGCAUUUGCUUUUAGUUAGAUGAAAUUUGGUACCAGUAAAAAGUACUUAUAAUACAGUACUAAGCAACUGAAAAUAUUUUACUCAAAGAUAUCUUAAAUGAAUAUUUCUGAUCUGAAUUUCUUCAUUCAAAGAAUCUUAAAUGCAGAAUUAGUAAUAAUAAGAUAGAUAGAUAGAUAGAUAGACUCCAUUGGCAUGAAUAAAUAGAAAAGGAAUAAUCAUCAAGUUAGUUAAAUUUUUAUCAAGUAUCUGCAUGAACUUUCUUUGAAGGAUCCCUCAUCAUAUGGUAUACAAAUGAUAAACCAAAGCCAGUCACUUGAACUGAUUCUUGGAGAGAGUCAGUUCACUGAUGCUUAGUACUCUGAAAAAAAAAAGAAAAUGAGUUAGAGUACACUAAAAAAAUUAGGGGGUGGGGGAUAAAUCUCACAGAGAAGGAUAGUAUUGUUUAUUUCCCCCAAAAAUAAAAAGUUUAAAGGAUUUCCUAUAGUUAACAGGUAGAAGACUUCAAACAAAGGGAAAUAAUUUGUGUAUAUGUCUAGUUAAUAUGAGGAGUUUGCUGCCAGUGAAACUGUAAAAUCAGUGAGCUUGUUAAGGUUCAAUAAAAUACUUUCUAGAAUGCAAGUUAAAAGGACUGUUAAUUUUGAGGCUAAGAGACAUCAAUCGAUAAUUAGAUGACCUUUGGAACAAAUAUCUUCCCCCCCCCCAAAGUAUUUUUCUGGAAAGGAGUUUUACCUUAACCUAAGAGCCUAAGCCAUAGACUCUUGUCAUCAGUCUUCAUUGAGAGUCCACAAUGUAAGUUACUAUUGCAAAUUUUUGAAAAAUAUGAACCAUACAAAAGA